AUGUUCAAGAGCGGUCUCGCCCGGACCUUCGGGAGGGCUGCACUUGCCCGGCCGACUCCCGUCGCUCGCGCUUUCCAGCCUCUCCGCUCCAAUGCUCUGCCUGCCCUGUCUGCUCGCCUCGCCAGCACCGACGCCGUUUUGACUGGCCGCGUCCACCAGGUCAUUGGUGCCGUCGUCGACGUGAAGUUCGAUGGCGAGAAGCUCCCUGCCAUUUUGAACGCCGUUACAACCGAGAACAACGGACAGAAGCUCGUGCUCGAGGUUGCCCAACAUCUGGGUGAGAAUGUCGUCCGUACUAUUGCCAUGGACGGUACCGAGGGUCUGUCCCGUGGUGUUGCCGCUCACGACACCGGUGCCCCCAUCAAGAUCCCCGUCGGUGCCGGCACCCUGGGCCGUAUCAUCAACGUCACUGGUGACCCCAUUGACGAGCGUGGUCCCAUCAAGGCUACUCAGUUCAAGCCCAUUCACGCCGAGCCCCCGGCCUUCGUUGAUCAGUCCACCUCUGCCGAGAUUCUCGUCACCGGUAUCAAGGUCGUCGAUCUCCUCGCCCCCUACGCCCGUGGUGGUAAGAUUGGUUUGUUCGGUGGUGCCGGUGUCGGCAAGACUGUGUUCAUUCAGGAGUUGAUUAACAACAUCGCCAAGGCUCACGGUGGUUACUCCGUCUUCUGUGGUGUCGGUGAGCGUACCCGUGAGGGUAACGAUCUGUACCACGAGAUGCAGGAGACUGGUGUCAUCCAGCUUGAUGGUGAUUCCAAGGUGUCUCUGGUCUUCGGUCAGAUGAACGAGCCCCCGGGUGCCCGUGCCCGUGUCGCCCUCACCGGUCUGACCAUCGCCGAGUACUUCCGUGACGACGAGGGUCAGGAUGUGCUGCUCUUCAUUGACAACAUUUUCCGUUUCACCCAGGCCGGUUCCGAGGUGUCUGCCCUGCUGGGUCGUAUCCCCUCCGCUGUCGGUUACCAGCCCACUCUGGCCGUCGACAUGGGUAUGAUGCAGGAGCGUAUCACCACCACCCAGAAGGGUUCCAUUACCUCCGUCCAGGCCGUCUACGUCCCCGCUGACGAUCUGACUGAUCCUGCCCCCGCCACCACCUUCGCUCACUUGGACGCCACCACUGUCUUGUCCCGUGGUAUCUCCGAGUUGGGUAUCUACCCCGCUGUCGACCCUCUCGACUCCAAGUCCCGUAUGCUCGACCCCCGUAUCAUCGGUGAGGAGCACUACGCUACCGCCUCUCGUGUCCAGCAGAUGCUCCAGGAGUACAAGUCCCUCCAGGAUAUCAUUGCCAUUCUUGGUAUGGACGAGUUGUCCGAGAGUGACAAGCUCACUGUCGAGCGUGCCCGUAAGCUCCAGCGUUUCCUGUCCCAGCCCUUCGCUGUCGCUCAGGUCUUCACUGGUAUCGAGGGUCAGCUCGUCGACUUGAAGGACACUGUCCGCUCCUUCAAGGCCAUCAUCAACGGUGAGGCUGAUGACCUCCCCGAGGCCGCCUUCUACAUGGUUGGUGAUAUUGAGUCUGCUCGCGCCAAGGGUGAGAAGAUUCUGGCUGAGCUCGAGGGAUCGGCCUAA